AUGGGCAAACACUUGCUGCUCCCUGGUGUGCUCCUGUCCCUUCCUCUGAUCACAGCCUGGACGACUUUCCACUGCAUGAUGACUGAAGGCUCUCGGAUGCCUCUGAUAUCUCGAUACUUCGCGCUCUGCCGGUUGGCUUCCAGCCUGUCCUUCCUUGCAUCAUGCGUUGCAGUGAGUAACCUAACACAGGCCUUGAAGGCUGUGCCACCGAACAUAGAGGGUCUCUGUCUCUCUGGUUCUAUUUCUGUCCUGCCCCCAGAUGCCUUUUCCCAAUUCCCUGAGCUCAAAAGCCUGGUGCUGAACCUACGUUCCAUUCAGCUCCUACCAGGUGCCCUCCGGGGCUUGGAGCAGCUACAGCAGAUUUCUUUCUUUGGCAUCCCCACAAAAACAGAUUUUCUCUAUUUACCGCCUGAAGCCUUUGGCAACUUGAGCUCCCUCCAGAGCCUGACUUUCUCGAGUAUCUGCCUGAAUGGGAGCUUGGGUGUCCAGCUGCCUCCCAGUCUACAACAACUGGUAGUACACAACAACUGCUUUAGGAAUGUGGGGAUGCUGACUGAUAUUUUCCCAGACCUGGUGCUGGGCUCCUCCUCUGAGGAUGCUCAGUCCCUGGACAUUUUGGACUUGUCAUUCAAACACCAGCUGAACUUGAGCAGCCCUGGAGCCCUGCAGGGCCUCCAGCUGAGGGCUCUGCAUCUGGGAAACAUAUAUACGGAGGCAGCUGCUGUGGCAGAGCUGGGGUUGCAGAGGCUGGAGGUCCUGUCUAUGGUGAGAACUGAAAUCGCUGAGCUGCCUGCCAGGCUAAUUGCCCACUUUGGGCUGCAAAAGCUGUAUUUCAGACAUAGUCGGCUAAGGCGCAUAGCUCCAGAGUCUCUGGCUUCCUGCCACAGCCUAAAGAGCUUGGAUCUUGGCAACAAUUAUCUGACUGACCUGCCACCGGGCUUCCUGGCUGCCAUGCCCAGACUUCAGAUAUUAAACCUGACCACCAACCAACUGAAGAUUGUCAUGCUGUGUAUGAAUGGGGCAGGGGCUGAGUCAGGAUUGUGGGUCCUGGAUCUAUCCAACAACCAGCUAAAAAGCAUACACCCAGACACCUUCUCCUGUUUGCCUCACCUGCGGGAGCUGCUACUUCAGGAAAACCAACUGUCUCACCUGGAUGACCAGAUGUACCAAGGUCUGAAGAGGUUGGAGACAUUGAACUUGAGUGGAAAUCAGCUGGCAGCCCUGGGCGAGAACUGGCUGGCUUCUCUGCCUGCGCUGACCACUCUAAACCUGCUAGACACCUACAUGGUGCUGAACUCGACCUGGGACUUCGGGUCCCUAGAAAAGCUGCAUCAUUUGAGACUGAAACUCCCCUCAGAGUCUCCCAGGAUAUUGUCUCUGCCUGUGGGGCUGUCCAGCUUGGAGCUUCAUGCAGUCUCGGGCAUGAAACCUUUCAAGCUGGUUCCUAAUGUUUUUCCAACCUUACAGACCCUGACCCUAAAAGGCUGGGGACUGCAGCUGGGGUUCCAAAAUGUUUCUGAGAUCUUUCCGGCCCUUUACCAACUCUCUCUGCUUGGCAAUAGGUUGGAUGAUCUCUGUUCUCAGGACACCUCCAGCUUUUUCCUCUGGAAGCUUCCUGGGCUCAAGCAGCUGAGGGUGAGGGGGAACGGGCACAGCCUCAGACCCUGCCGCAUCACAGGGCUGCCCAACCUACAGGAGCUGAAACUAGAGGAUCUGCAGUCUCGAACCCGACCGCGUCCAGUGAAGUUUGAGGAGCUGGUGGGCAAGUUACCAAGGCUCGAGGUGCUAAAACUAUUUCGAACAGGGCUGGAGACAUUGUCUGCUGCUGCUUUCCAAGGCCUGGGCAGUCUCCAGGUCUUGGUGCUGGAUUGGGAGAACGGCCUUGUGCUGGAUAGCAGCCUCCAGGAACACAGUCCCCAGAUGCCUCAGUACAUUUAUUUUCUGUUUGCAUCCUUGGCCUGCCAGUGUACCAAUGCCUGGAUAAGGACCUGGAUCGAGCAGACCCCCAGAACAUAUGUGUACUUAACACAAUCCCAGUUAUGCCAGGCAGAAGCUAGGGGUCUUUCCAAGAGUUCCCUUUUCCCCUUUCUCCAGAGCCACUGUUCUGAGACCCUGGGGCUAGCGCUCUUUUUGGGUAGCUCUGCCCUACUGUUUCUGUUGACCUUCUUGCCCUUCCUAAAGGACACCAGGAACUGGGCCCUCUAUCUCCAGACUUUGUUUAGGGCUUGGUUCCAGGGCGUGAGGGGCCAGAGGGAUGAGAGAAACCAGUUCCUCUAUGAUGUGUUCGUAUCUCACUGCAGACAAGACCAGGACUGGGUGGUAAGAGAGCUGCUACCCACUCUGGAGGGUUGCCCUCCCACUGGCUGGGGACUGCGGGCCUGCCUCCCUGAGCGGGAUUUUGAGCCAGGCAAGGAUGUGGUGGACAAUGUGGCAGACAGCAUGAUGAAGAGCCAGGUCACACUUUGUGUACUGAGUCCACAGGCCCUGCGCACACCUCGCUGCUGCCUGGAGCUCCGCCUGGCCACCUCCCUCCUGCUGGCUGCCCCCUACCCACCAGUGCUGCUGGUGGUCUUCCUGGAGCCUGUCUCCCGCCACCAGCUCCCCCGCUACCACAGACUGGCCCGGCUGCUCCGCCAAGGAGACUAUCAUGUAUGGCACGAGAAUGAUGAAAGGAAGGACAAGUUCUGGGCUUGGCUGAGGGGCAGGUGCAUGUGUGUUGGAGGAUGA